AUGGCCCGCGCCGUCCCCGCGCCGCUCCUGCGGCCGCUGCUGCUGCUGCUGCCGGCCCUGGCCGCGGCGCUGGCCGCCCCCUCGCCCGCAGGGCGCGACCCCCUGGCCGCCGACCUGGGCGACACCUCGCGCUGCCAGGCGCGCUGCGCGCAUAGCCUCCGCCGGGCCGCGGCCGGCGGCGCCAAGGAUGAGGUUCUCAACGCCUGUUAUCGCGGCUGCCGGCUGUUUUCCAUCUGUCAUUUUGUGGACGCCACGGCCGAGCUGAAUGCAACCAGAGCCCAGUGCGAAUCUGCCUGCAUGGAAGCAUACACAGGUCGUGAAGGGCAAUUUGGUUGCAUAACGGGCUGCCGAAAGCAGCUGCCAGACAUGAAGGUGAAGAACAAAGAGAAAAAGGUUCAGGACCAGAAACCCGCCUUGUUCUCUGUCUUUGAUCUGGUCUCCAGUUUCUGCAACGAUAUUGUCAGCUCCGCCCAGAGCUUCAUCUCUUCCACAUGGACCUUUUACUUACAGGCAGAUGAUGGAAAAGUAGUGGUGUUUCAGUCACAACCGGAGGUGGAAUACCCCGUUCUAGAGGUCCAGGCACCCAAGUCAGAGGUGUCAGAGAGAGCCUGGGCAGAUUUCACCUCGAACACCCUGAAACCUCACAUAGGUCUUCAGGAGAGACUGAACAGGCCCCCCAUGGAAGUGCUCAGAGCCAGAAGCAAAGUCCAGCUCCCCGCAGAGCCCCAGGGGUCCCCCGAGCAUGACUUCCUCGGCUGCAUGUCCAAGCGUUCUGGGCUGCCCCGCUGGAUCCUGGCAGCUUGUCUCUUCCUGUCCGUCAUGGUGAUGCUGUGGCUGAGUUGCGCCAGCCUCGUGACGGCGCCGGAUCAGCACGUCAAGACGCAGCCCCUGAGCAUCAACGGAGAUAAGGAAUGCCUCGACGACGUGGGUGUGCCAAUGCCGUACGCACUGCAUCCUGUCAUCGCCGUGGCCUUCUGCCCAGCAGAUGAGAAUGAGGAAGCUGACCCACUGCCAGUCAAAGUGGAUUUAGAGAACACUGUGCUCUAAGAACCCUUUUCCCCAGCUCAUCUCGAUUCCCCAUCAACCUCUUCCUCCGUCCACCAACCCUACCUCUUGCAGUCUCCCUUGCAAACCCACCCAGAUCUUCCAAUUUGUAACUCUUCAUCUGGUCACCUGUCAUCCAGGUAGGGCAUUCUGGAGUUCCGCCUCUCCCAGCGGGCUGUGCCAGAACCCUCAAAUUUUCACCAGCAACAACAUCUUGGGUUUGAGAAGAAGAGUGGGGUUUCAAGGUCUUUUGUGUUCAAAUAACUUGGUUAUUGCAUCCACAGAUUCUGCUUUUCUGUUUUACGUUAAUGAAUCAACAUUUAUUAUACUGGGACAUUUCCAACAUAAACUCCAGGACAGAGUCUUGGGCUCAUUUGGGGGUUUGUUAAUUUUUGUAAAGGGCAGCUAUUUGUUUCCCUUGCACACAAGGUUGGGCAGAGAGAGAGUUUGUUGCUGGCUUUUCCACCUGGAAAGAUAGCUGGGAGAAUGGAAAACCUGCUUUCUGCUUGCGUGAACAGGGGCCGGGUGCCCUUCGAAGAGGUGCUGAACUCAGUUUCUUUGUUGUUCCAAAAGGAAAAAUUGCCAGAGCAUGUAAAAACAGCAGCGGCUUCUCAGGAGUUCUAGAUUCUGGAAGAAGCAUUGGGUUUUGGGGGCACACAAUUCAGCUGCUGGUGUUUGUUAAACUCCACUGGAGAGGCAAAUUUGUGCUGCAUUUCUGAAGCAAAGAAGUGUGGGCAAAAGAGGCCAAUGGAACCUUUGCUCCCACCCCAGGUUUGCACAACUCCACAAUCAGGUGUGAGGAAAUGGCAUAACAAGCCAUUGUUCUGAAUAAUGAUGAUGAAGAUGGGUUUUGAUGAGCAUAGUCCUUCCAAAACCCAGGAGCUGCACCUCUGGCAUUGCUCCUUUUGGCUCUUCCCCGUCCACAGUUGGCCUCCCAUUUCCCCACCUUUGUGUGUCCUUGUUCUUUUGUGCCACAUGGGUUUGAUGGUAGCACAGGUCUGUCUGUCUUCAAGCCUGAACUUCCAGUGCAUAAAAAUGCAGUAUUUGGUCCCUAUGGGUGAGUCUUGCUGUAAAGUAUUCUUACUUCAUCAACCACCCCUAUUUGUUUCAGCUCCUGGCAGGAGCAGCAAAAUAUUUGCCAAGCCCACCAAUUUUUUUUUAAAUGCAAGACACCCAUUAAUGGAUGCAGGACACCUUGAGACCUCGGGAUGUGUUCACAGAAAACUUGCAUUCUUCAGCUUUCUCCCUUCAGGCGUCUCAUCCCCUUCAUGGGGUUCCAACAGAUGGCAAACACUUGAAUGUGUGUUGAAUUUUGUUUGUUGGGCGGUUUUUCUCCUGUUUUGUUUUGUUUUGUUUUGUUUUGUUUUGUUUUAUUGCAGUGAUGGCCAUUUGGUUCCCAAUUUUCUUUCCAACUUGGUAUACCACUUGUGAUGUUGUUGAAGAGAACAACCACCAACGGCCACAUACCAGCUUGAUUGCUUGUAAGUUCUGCCUGACGCUCACUUCUCUGUACAUAGAUUUAACUUAAUUCUGUUUCUCGACUCUGUUCAGACAACCUCAAGGGCUGAGUGAGCUCCCUUUGUGGUUGAAAUACGAGUUACGUUGUCUGAACCCACCUGUGCAAGCAAGCUGUGGUUUGUUCUCAUGCUGUGAGUUGUUCACGGUUUAUUAUCUUUGCAGAAGUUCGGACAACAUAACUCACAUUUCAGCACUGACUCAUGAUUCAAUACCAAACUAUACUCAGCCCUUGAGUGCGAGUCACUCUGUUGUCUGAAUCCAACCUUUGUAACUCUGUCUCAACCCCCAAGAUAGCUGAGAAAAGGGAUUCCUUCAAGCUGUGAUAUGAAGUUGCUUUCUUGCUUUCACCAGAAAGAACUUUGCUCCUUAAAAGAGAGCCAAAUUUUUCCCGCUUUUGCUUUCGAUAACUUUUUAUGAACUUUCAAAGCACUUAACUCUUUAAUGCCUACUGGCAUAUCUGAUGUAGGAAACGUGUUGGAAAAUGUGUUUUCAGUUUCAUUUGUCUAUCUUGCAUCGGAGCUUUUGCACAUCCCCAGUUGUGUAAAGCUAAAGAAUGCCUGCUUCAUUUGUUCUCUUUUGAUUCUGUUAGGGUUAUUCUAACAGCCUUUUCGUUGGAGGACUUUGGAGAACCUCCGUUCAACUAAGGUGGAGCAAGCUGAAAUGCCAUAUCUAUUCACCUAUAUCUAGCUAUCUAUAUAUCUCUAAUAAAUCUUUUUGUCUGUCCUGGAAAUGUUGAAGAGAAAUGUUUUGUUUAGUUUAUUAAUUUAAAAAUAAAAUAAAAGCUGUGGAACAAAACUGGUAUGGAUAUUUAUAUACAUACCUAUCCAAAGGUGGAAAUAAAGUUGAUUUUUUGUUUUUUCAAAAGAUCACCACCCACUCAA